AACAGACUCUAAACUCAGCCGGGAUGUCGUUUUGUCCUGGAGUAGCUUUUUUUUUCUUUCCCCUGUACUGUAGGAGUACUAUUUACACAACCACCAGUCCACCACAGCUGACUAGCCGAGACGGCUGCCCGAGAGCUGAGCCACGUCCAGCCCUUGACCGUGGCCGCUAAUCCCCUCGAUUUUGACCGCCGUCGUAGAGACCUUCUCCCAAUCCACAGCGGCCAGCCGGCCACCGACCCCUGGUCCAAUCGUCGCAUCAGUCGAGCUCGGCCGGAGGAGGAGGGGAGGGUGCGGCCGGCGGCCCUUGCCGGCGACAGUGAGGCAGAGGGCGGCGAUGCGUGGGGCGUCGGCGAGCAACUGGUGGCGGCGUGCGGUGCGGGAUUGGGAACGGGAGGGACAGGGAGUCAGGAGGUCUUCAUCUCUGCACGAAUCGUAAGAAGAGAGAUGGAGGAAUUCCUGACCAGAAUGGUUGAUCAGCUAAGUACCAUGGCCGUGUCGGGGUUGGCUUCCAUGUUGGGUGCGCAGCAGCGAGUGGACUCGCUGGUCGACGAAUGGGAGACGCUCGAGAGCUUCCUCAAGGCCACGGCAUGGAUCUGCGGCAAGACGCGACGGCGAGGCGGUGGCUUAAUUCUCUCAGGGACGUUGCUUACGACGCGGAGGACCUCAUCGAGAGCGCGGUGCUGCAGCAGCAGGGUGACAGGUACUCUGCCGUGAACUCGGUUCUCCAUCCGAUUAGUCGUUACAGGUCUGCCCAGAAGGUGGAGGAGAUCAGGUCCAGGAUCCGUGACAUGGUAGACCGCCGGACCAGCUAUGCUGCCAUGGCACGUGAGCUUGGACAUUGAGCUGGAGAGACCAGCAUCAGCCCCAUCAGUCGUCAUUUCGUCUCCUGUUCCAGGUGGCGGAGUUCAUCUUACCACAUAGGCAACAAUACCAUCUUUGGUCUUGAACAAGACACUGAUAUGAUCAUGGAAAGGCUGCUCCAACCUACUGAACAUCGAGAGGUGAUUGUGAUAGUUGGCAUGGGAGGGAUAGGCAAGACAACCCUUGCAUCUCUUGUUUUCAACAAGGCUCGUGGAGUUGAAGAAAGGAACACUUGGUCUGGCCAAGCUCCACCCAAAGCAACAGAUCCAGGAAGCAGCAGCAAAAGAAGUCAUUUUGACGUCUGUGCUUGGGUUCCAGUUGGUCAGGAUCCUGAUACUCUCCACCUCUUCAGUACCAUAUCUAUUCAGAUUGGAGCUAAUUUGGAUCUAUCACGUGAUGUGGCUGAAAUAAAACAUCAUAUGUUCACCUUUCUGCUUGAUAAGAGGUACCUGAUUGUUCUGGACGACGUCUGGAGAGAAGAAACAUGGCAUGAAUUGGUUGACGCUUUCCCCAUGUCGACAAAUGGGAGCAAAAUCCUGAUGACAACUCGCUCCAAGGUAAUAGCCAUUUCUGCCGACCCUGCUUCAUAUCCACAUGAGCUGAAUCCCUUGAGUGAUGAGGUGAGCUUUCACCUCUUCCUAUCCAAAGUUUUCCCAAAUAGCAACCUUAAUCAAGCAAUGUCGUAUCCACCACUGAUGGAGGAUUUGGGGCGCCAACUCAGCAAGAAAUGUGGUGGUUUACCUCUUGCACUUGUGGUUCUAGGAGGCCUACUAUCAGCCAAGGAAAAGAAACACGAUGUAUGGAGCAGCAUACUGAAUAGCAUGAACUGGAACGACAAUGAAGCUGAGAAACAGUGCCUGAAAAUAUUGGCCUUAAGCUACGACGACUUGCCCUAUCGUAUGAAACUGUGUUUUCUUUAUCUAGGAGCUUUCAGAGAAGAAUCUGAAAUCAGUAUCUCUAAAUUGACAAAGCUAUGGAUUGGAGACGAUCUUAUACCUCAGCAAAGUGGAAGAAGAAGAAAAGAGGACACGGCCACUGACUAUUUAAAUGAGCUCAUUCAAAGGUGUCUCGUGCAACCUGUUCUUCUGAAACAUAAGCAGCGAUCAACGAGGGUGCGUGUCCAUGCUCUAUUGCGUGAGCUAGCAAUAUCAGAAGGAAGAGAAAACAGAUUCCUUUAUUGUGAAUAUAGCAACCAAGCAGUGUCGGAAAUGGAGAUGGAAACCCUAUCGUCGUUUGGUUCUCCAUCCGGGACCCAAUAAACGUUAUAAUCUGCAUGAUUUCGAGAAGAUGAGAGCUCUGUUAAUCGUCCCACGAACAACGGGAACUCAAACCAUUUGUGUUGGCCAUCAGGUUAUCAGACCAUUCUUUCCGCUAAUUUUUAGAUGGUGUAGAAUCAACUGGCAAACAGUUUGGAGCAUGCCUUAUAUAAGAGUUAUUGAAGUCGAAGGAUUGAUGAUGCCAACGGAUGCUCUGAGAUCCAUCCAGAGUAGCCUAAUUCAUUUAAGGUACUUGUGCCUAAGAAACACCCAGUUGGUUGCGUUCCCGUUCAAUGAGAGCAAGUUCCCAUCUCUACAAACACUAGAUAUAAGAGAGACAUCAGUCAAGAAGCUACCUGAUACCAUUUGGGCUCUUAAGACACUUCGUCAUCUGUACCUGAACGGAAUGGAACCUCCAAGUAUAAGAUGCCUCACCAAUCUACAAACGUUUUGUGGGGUCUUAGUUUCCAAUGAUCAGAUUGCCAUGGAAUUUUUAACAUUAAAAGAUCUGAGGAAAUUACAAAUUGAACUCAAAGCAUGGAAUGGAUACCCUCUACUGGUAAAAUCUCUGAAGCUGCUGCUGGCUCUCACCUCAUUCAAGUUGUCUUCCACAGAAAUCUCUUCAGAAGUGAUUAACAAAAUAGCACACCAUUCACCGCUGCGCAAGCUGCAUCUCCAAGGCAUGCUACAUCCUCCUGUCCUGACUCUAAGCGAAUAUUUUUCAGAUUACAUCACGAGCAUCACAUUGUCAGCCUCGAGAAUUGGCACUGAUCAAUUAAAAACACUUGGCAGUCUGACAUGUCUAUGGGAACUCAAGCUAAAAGAUGAUGCACUCUUGCCAUGUCCACAGCACAGCUUUCCUCAGCUGGGAUAUUUAAAGAUCAGUAGCCUAACCAACCUGGAGGCAUUCCGAAUCGAGCGCGGUGCUUUUUCCAACCUCGUCCGCUUUUCAGUACACUAUUGCAGUAAGUUUCGUAGCAUCAUCGAUGUCCUGGAGCAUACUACGAGCCUGCAGGUCCUGAAGCUCAAGGGAAUGGAACUUCUACCGGAUAUUACUGAUUCUUGUAGAAACAAAAAUGUUUCUGUUAUCACUAUGGCUUAUUAGCUAGAGUGCUAAUUUGGUAAAAUUUCUGCGUCCAUAAUUGGGACAAGAUCAGCGUUGAUUUGGUACUCUCUGGAUGUCAAAGCAUAUCGUUUUGGUCGUGUUUCAAGUUGAACUUUAUAGAUUUUAAACAUCUAUAUCUAUAUGCAUUGAGUAUCAAUAUAUGUAAUUUGUAUUGAUUUUAUCGAAGAACCAACUUUUUCCAUAAGUUUGUUUGACAUGUGGGCUCAACUGGCAAUGGUGUAAGACUGUAAGUGUUACAUUUGUGUUUGAUGGUUGAUCUGACCUAUCAGACAAACAGAGCUUGCAGUUCUCUAAUAAAAUCAAAAGUUGAUGUU